AAACAGUAUAGUUGAGUUUUUUUUUGUUAGUAACUAGCCAGCGUUAAGUUUCAUUCAACAUGAAAAAGUUUACUUGUAUCUUAUUAAUACUUUUUGCUUCAUCUCACGCUAUAAAACUACCCCCCGAACUUCAAGAAUAUGUUGACGAUCUACAUAGAAUUUGUAUAGCGCAAACCGGAAUCACUGACGCUGACCAUGCAGCUUACGAUAUAGUUAACAAUCCACAUGAUUCCAAACUUAUGUGUUACAUGAAAUGUUUAAUGAUUGAAGCUAAAUGGAUGAAACCUGAUGGUGAGAUUCAGUAUGACUUUAUAAUUGACACUAUCCAUCCAGAUGUAAAAGAUAUCAUAGUGACAGCUCUCAAUAAAUGCAGAUCGAUUCCAGAAGGAGACAAUCUAUGCCAGAAAGCUUCUAAUUUGAAUUUCUGUCUUUAUGGAGCGGAUCCAGUGAACUGGUAUUUGGUUUGAUCUCGUAUAACAGAAGUGGACAAAGAGUAUUUGCAUUUUAGAAUUUUAUAUCAUAAAAUAUAUUGAAGAUAUUAGCAAGUUAU